GGUAUUUACUGGCUCGCCAUGUCCAGCACCAUGUAUAAUCCCAUUAUCUACUUUUGGAUGAAUUCCAGAUUCCGUCGGGGCUUCAAACAGUUCUUCUCAUGGUGCCCGUUUGUGCACGUCCCGCCGGAGACGCUGUCUCGACGUGAAGCUGUCACGUCUCGCUACAGCUACUCAGGCUCCCCGGAGGCGCAGUGUCGCAUCAUGAGGAAUGGUUCGACGAGGGUGCACGGAUCGACAGAAACGGUGACGACGCACGCGGAUAUGGCGCCCAGCUACUCGACGUACCGUGGAGAGGGCGGCCGACGCUGGCGGCCGUAUGGACGCGAUCUGUCGCACAGCGCAUCCUGA